UGAUUUGUAGUCAGGCGUUCUCGAUGGACGCCCAAUUGUAGCCCCAGCGCCUUCUGGUGCCUUCCCCGCUCUUCUGUCGGGAUCCACCGCUAACGUGAAGCUGGUAAGGAUAAACUGGUCAGAGCAAUUAAAGGGGAAAUGUUGCAAGAAUAUAACUCUGCUUUGGUGCUAAAAUCUCAUCUAGGACGACUGUAAACACUCGUAAUACACCAUAUCAGUAUAAACUUUGCACUAGUGGCGUAUUGAUCGCUGUUUUAUUGACACGAACUCUGAUGUUGCACACAUCGCAUGGCGCGGGGCAGGAAGGGGUUAAUUUUUUCCGCCGCCGACAUUUUUAUUCGGCGCUCUACGGCAACUUUUUAACUUACAUGUGCACCGAGCUGGCGCGAUGUUUCACAAGUAUGCACGAUAUUCAGGCAGCUGCGUGCACGGGUUUUGUUUUGAAACGCGAACAGACGCGGGUAUAGCCGGGUCUUUGUUGCAUAGACGGACCUGCUCAUCACCUUACGCAUGGAUCAGCGUUUGUGAACGAGAGCUAGUACGGAGAGAAAUACUGCAGCAACAUCCACACAACACCUGUGUUCAAACUGCCGCUUUUAACAUUUGUACGAUGUUCUUAAAGCUGUUUCUACUAAAGUGCGUUUCUGACCGAGUUUACCUGUGAUCCGCACCUUUGUUGUUACUCGGGAUUUGGGUUCAAUGAACUUGCAGCAUUUCGUCUCUUGAACACUCCCACUGUGUGUACAAACUACAGCCCAUUUAGUUCGCUAUGGGAGCUCAGGAGUUUGUGCCUGAAAAGAAAUAUUCAUUCAGACUUUUUUGUUUUAUUAUUAUUAUUAUUGUUUACAUCAUUGCAGGUUACUAGAGUGCUUACAUACACUUUAAGGCUGGUACCAGUGUAAUCAUGGCAUAAGUGUGGAUCUGAAUGGCCCACUAUUUUGACUGAAAAACACUGGCAAAUGAUGCAGAUUUCCUGGAGUUAUAUGUUUACCUAAUACUGAAUAACUUAGUAAUUUUGUGGGGUUAGGACAGCUGAUUAGGCCAAAAACUGAAAAUCAAAAUAGAAGGAUGGUGGCUUUUUUCAAUGUAAUUAAUGAUUUUCACCUUUUGUAUGUAAUUUUUAAAAUAUCACAGCUGGAAAAUUACUAUUUAUUUUAUUUUAAUGCUCAUUUUACAGGGACAAUACAUACAACGUUGCCACAAGAAAUGGAAAAUGUGAUGCAUACAAGACAUCUAGCUCCAGCUAAUUUGCAGUCUUUGUCCCCUGGCCAGGCUUAAAGCCUUGUAGCUGUAUGACAUUGAUAUUACAUUAAAGCUACUUUAAGUUGCUUGGCUGGCAUCCACUUCCGCACUUUCAAUUCAGGCAAUAAAAAACGCAACAGAGAAACCGUCAGUCUUCCUACCCAUGGUCAUGCUUUUUAUAUCAUUAAAAAAACACAUUUGAGCCUAAGCCAAUUUCAAACAUAUCAAAAACCUCACAGGAGCUUUUAAGGGAGGGUUCAUUGCCGUCAAGAACUGAUGUAAAAGGAAUGUGGUGAACUAUUAUUAUUGAAGAGCUGUCAUGGUUUUGUUUACAUUGUUGCAGCCACAUUCUGUCUCUAAUCACCCACUUCUUUGUCCUGUUGAUGUCGCUGAUGUGUCUUCAGUGGUGAAGGCCCAAAAGUUCUACAGACAUGUCGGUGAGGGAGUCCUUUAACCCCGAAAGCUAUGAGCUGGACAAGAACUUUAGGCUCACACGCUUUGCUGAGCUGAAGGGCACAGGCUGCAAGGUGGGAUCUCCUUAUUGAAACUUGGGUUCAGUGGUUUAUUUAUUAUUAUUGAUAUGUAUUUGGUUAAGAUGAAUCAUACAAAAAUAAUGUCUAACAGUUGUUGAUGUCUGUCACAGGUACCUCAAGAUGUGUUACAGAAGCUGCUAGAAACCUUACAGGAGAACCACUAUCAGGAGGAUGAACAGUUUCUCGGGGCAGUUAUGCCUCGAUUAGGUAAAUUACAUUUCCAUGUUGCACCAUUAUAACAAAUGACUUUGUAAGAGUGAAAAAGUUACUUUGUUAAACAAAUAUCAGUUAGUGCCCUUUAUCAAAUCAACCUGACAUUAAUCUGUGGUAAUUCUUUUCAGGUUUAAGUUUUUAUUUACAACAUAACUGCUCCCAAAAUAACGCAUAUAAAACUCCUCCUUUUUUGAAGGCAUAGGCAUGGACACUUGUGUGAUACCCCUCAGACAUGGAGGCCUUUCUCUCGUCCAAACAACAGACUACAUCUACCCCAUUGUGGACGACCCUUAUAUGAUGGUAUGGUUGUCCUCUUGAAAGAGUAAUACUUUUGCUCCAAAGCAGUGUUGUUGAAUUAUUUAAGUAACAACUGAUAUCUUCUUUUUUUAUUAUUAUUGUUGAGUCCGAUCAGGGCUGACUGAACACACAAGUCCUUCAUGUGCUUCAUUUAGUAUGUCUGUUUUGUAGGGAAGAAUUGCUUGUGCCAAUGUUUUAAGUGACCUGUAUGCCAUGGGAGUGACAGAAUGUGACAACAUGCUUAUGCUUUUGGGAGUCAGCAACAAAAUGUCAGAAAAGGUGAGUUGCAUUUUGGUAAAUUUUACUUCUCACAGACAUCUCACAGUCCUUCAAAAGAACAACCAUACUCACUGUGUGCUCAUUGUCCCUGCUUUGCAUGUCUUGGGUCUUUAUAGGAGAGAGAUAAAGUCAUGCCACUGAUCAUCCAGGGGUUCAAAGACGCGUCAGAGGAGGCAGGGACAUCGGUAACAGGAGGACAGACAGUGCUCAACCCCUGGGUAGUGAUGGGAGGCGUCGCAACAACAGUCUGCCAGCCCAACGAGUUCAUCAUGUGCGAAUGAGUUCAUACCUGACACUUCCUGAUAAAUGGCCUUUUUGUCAUUAGAGUACCAUUUUGUUUUCUUCUGUUAAUCAUUACAAUCAUGUUCAACAUUACUCAGGCCAGACAACGCAGUGCCGGGAGACGUGCUGGUUUUGACCAAGCCUCUGGGAACACAAGUGGCAGUUGCAGUACACCAGUGGUUAGAUAUUGUAAGUCUCUGCACUAAAUCAUGAUUAAAUUUGUAAGGAAAUGUGUAUUUUUUCCCCCCGUUAACCCUAACUCUUUCCUCGCAGCCUGAGAAGUGGAACAAGAUCAAGCUGGUAGUGACUCAGGAAGAUGUAGAGCUGGCGUAUCAUGAGGCUAUGAUGAACAUGGCUCGGCUUAACAGGACAGGUAAAACCACCACAAGUGUGUCCACAUAAAUGAUGUACCUAGAUUUGUCUCUGUGCUUUGCAAGUCAGGAAAAUAUGUUAAGGUGGAGUGAAGCUUGCCGGGAGACUUUGAUUGUCGACAGCACCUGAACUGGCAGAGUAUCUUCAACUCAAAGUAUGAAAGCAAAAAGCCAGCCUGUGAUAACUUUCAAACACUGAAGUAUUUCCUGUACUCAGCCUUGGUAUGAAAAGCUCGUCCCUUUGAAGGGUUUCUAAGAGUUGGAGUGUUUAUUUAAAAUCCAGUGGGGGUUUAUUUCUUAAUUUGAGUAUUCAUCACCAUAAUUCUUUUUGUUACAGCUAUUAUGAAUCAACAUGCGUUCAUAAAAUAGAACCCUAAAGUACACAAAAAUAAGCUUCAGGGGAGAAAAUAACUUGUGCACAUCUGUUACCAAUCAUUCAGAUCCCUUACAAACCCUUGUUUCUUUUUUAGCUGCUGGUCUCAUGCACACCUUCAACGCUCAUGCAGCCACAGACAUCACAGGGUUUGGCAUCCUCGGCCAUGCGCAGACACUGGCACGGCAACAACGGAGCGAAGUGUCCUUUGUCAUCCACAACCUCCCAGUCCUAGCAAAGAUGGCGGCUGUGUCGAAGGCCUGUGGGAACAUGUUCGGACUUAUGCACGGAACCUGCCCUGAAACAUCAGGUGGGUGUCUACCUGACUCUUUGUCUUCCUGCAUCACUUGUCUGACCUCCUACCUGUCUGAGGUUUUAAAACAUAACAAAUAUCACUAAAAACUGGAAUAAUGCCCUAGAAUAACAAAACUAAUGUGAUGUACAAACUUCCAAUGAUCUUGGGCUACAACAACAAAGUUUUGGUCAUCCUAAGUCCUGAAUUUGCUAGACUUUUUUGUGGUUUUCUGGAUGAGCUGCAGUUUUUUCUAGUGACAAUUUGGGACGAGAUGGGUGUAAAUAACUAAAAGCAAAGCUGUGCACCAAGAAGUCACAAUUGAAAAGGGGGUUAAAGGUGGACUGAAGCUCAUUUAAACACACAACACUGACUCUAAGAGCCAAAUAAGGGGACUCAAGUGCACAUUCAUUCUGUAAUUCAUUCACUGAUUCAUUUUUGGGCCAAGCUUCCCUUCAAAAAUGUAUAAAAAUGAAAGGAGAGCAAACCUUGCAAGAGUGUGAAUGGGUUUAUCUGGUCAGAAAGACGUGAUAAGGCUCAGAGCUGUAGCUCAGUUUCCAUCUCCAUCUUAGAGAAAGACUUGGUGAUAAGGACUAGUGCCACUGCAUGGUAGAUAAACUAUGAGAGAACUGAGCUCUCACCAGCGUUAUUGCCCUUUCAGCAUACCCUGUGACACCUUCGUCAUGGAUUAAAUCUCCUUUUCUCUACAGGAGGCCUGCUUAUCUGCCUGCCUCGGGAGCAGGCUGCCCGCUUCUGUGCUGAGAUAAAGUCCCCAAAAUAUGGCGAAGGCCACCAAGCAUGGAUCAUUGGGAUUGUAGAGAAAGGAAACCGCACUGCUCGCAUCAUCGACAAGCCCCGGAUCAUAGAGGUGGCACCACAAGCAGCCACGCAGAAUGUCAACCCAACUCCUGGUGCAACUUCUUAAUCCCCUCCCCCUUGCUGCAUCAAAAACCAGAAACCCAGAAGCUCUGCUGAGUGAUUUUAGACACGUUAACUACAAAACCAUCAUAGAGUGUUGAAAUAUAUACACACAAAAUAGUACUUACACAGAAAAGACUGUGUUGGCGUGUAUCUACAUGAAAAACAGCCCCACACAGUGGCCCGAGGGGGCACGUCUCCACCCAGUGGACUUGACCUGCAGCAUCCACAUGAUAAAAAUAGAGCAUACUUAAAUCCAUUUGCCUUUUGUGUCUGUUGUAUUCUGUUUUGUUUUAUGUGCAUGAAUGGCAGGCAGCUUCUGAUUAGAGAGCAAUGUCGAUACAGACAGUACUGAUACUGUUGAUUCGAUUUGAAUCUUGGCAAGUCUGGUGUCUGUUGCCUCUCUGGGUCUUUUCAAACUGCCCGCGGCUGGUGUUGAGGUUUUUUUGUUUGUCCGUUCACUUUGUACAGAUAUAAAGCCUAGUUUUAGUUCAUUGCUGUAACUGAUGCCUUGAAAGAAACCAAGUGUGACCAGAAUGGUUUGUUUUUUAUUACUUUGACUUUUUGUAUUGUCCCCACCUGAACUAAUAAAUAUUACUAUAGAAAAUGGUUCAUUGUUGCCGGCUUACAUCUCCCUGCAUCGCAGAAAUGGAGAUGGUUUUUCUUUUUUUUUUUUUUUACAUAAACGUUUUUUUAUGCUGCUCCCUGGUGCAUUAACCUGAACUUUAGAAGAGAAGAAAUCUGCAUACUUCUCAGAAGAUGGGCACGUACAUCUGCAUUCCCAGGAUGUUACCAAAUUGGGGGGGAAUAUGGUGAAAAUACAGUUGUUUGCAUUAUAUGGUUUGCAGUGUGCUUACUAAAGCAGAGCAGCCUGAAUAACUGUCUUGAAGCUUUCAGCUGAUCAGAGCUCGGAUCACUUUUGUAUGUCCUGGAAAGACCUGAGAGGCCACUGUAAAUGUUCAAAUGGUUAUCAGGAACAAUAUAUGACCACAACACCUCUUCUAAUAAACUUCUCUUAUAAUAGACAGUG